AUAUAAUAUAAUAUAUUCCCGUUCCGUUCCAAUUCACAGUGCCUUUUUCCUCAUCCGAAUUAGGUUUUCUCUGGUCCCUCUCCUCACGCUUCUACGCGAAAGGGACCAGAGAAAACCCCUCCGAUCUCCGCCAUUAGAGCACCCCGAAGCUCCCCGAUCCCAUCGCCAGGGUUUCGAAGAUCUUCUUCGAUCGAUUACGAUUUGAUCGGAUCUCGGGAGUGGGAGAUGGGAGCCUUCGUAUCGAGGUUCUGGUUCAUGCUGUUCCCGGCGAAGGAGUACAAGAUCGUGGUGGUGGGGUUGGACAACGCGGGAAAGACGACGACGCUGUACAAGUUGCACCUCGGAGAGGUCGUGAACACGAACCCUACCAUCGGGAGCAACGUCGAGGAGGUCGUUUACAAGAACAUACGAUUCGAGGUUUGGGAUCUAGGAGGCCAAGAGAGGUUGAGACCGUCAUGGACGACAUACUACCGCGGGACCCACGCGGUCAUCGUAGUGAUAGAUAGCACGGACCGUGCUCGAAUCUCGAUCAUGAAAGAAGAGCUCUUCCGACUGCUCCAGCACGGUGACCUUGAGCACACCGUCGUUCUCGUCUUUGCCAAUAAACAGGAUCUCAAGGACGCCAUGUCGCCAGCAGAGAUCACCGACGCCCUCUCCCUGCACAGCAUCAAGAACCAUGACUGGCACAUCCAGGCGUGCUGCGCACUCACCGGCGAGGGUUUGUACGACGGGCUCGGGUGGAUUGCACAGAGAGUCACCGGCAAUCCUACACCCGCCUGAGCGGAAACGACGGUUUGGGCACUCGAUUCUCACGCCUGAAAACUUAUCCUAUUGCGUACGUACCCCUGUAAAACCUGAAUUUUCAUGUAUAACAUGCUGCUCUUCGAAAACCUGCAGCAACACAGAACCAACAUCCUCCGAGAAUUGCUCGACUUCCUACCGUAAGCUGAGGCGUUCUUUCGCAUGCAUGAAAACCCGGAACUUGGCAGGGGUAUAUAUAUGUAAAUAGAUGAUUUCUAAAGGGUGUCUGCGUAAAGAACCCGGUCGUUGAAAGAGUGCUGGGAGCUUGGUUUUUCCGUGUGCUUCCAGCAUGUUCUUUUAAUUUUAUACACUGAAAUGAACACACCGCGUUUGUAUUUGAUCGA